UAAUGUCAUAUUUUUAAGCCAUCGACACAACACUCUGCUAUUGUGCUUGAUUCCAGUCAAGUGCCUCCCUUUGAUCAAUGAUAAAAAAAAUUCUAACAAAAAAAUUGGCAUGUGUUCCUUCAGUUCUUGGGUGAGUCCUCCUAGCAAAAUUCAACAGACAACUCUUUCCACCCCACGCAACAUUGUCGUUCCAAGAAAAACAGCUCCCGUUCCAAUUAUAAAUAAUACUCUCAACGAAACAGGCAAAACACUGCCCAUUAAAGUUGCGAGGAGGACUCUAGACACUUCUAACCUGAAGAUUCUCACGUACCAUUUUGAUUUUUCUUUCUGCUACUUAUAAACUUCUCCAAAUAUGGAGACCUCAUUCUUUCUGAAAUACGUCGAUUAAUCACAUGCUCUGAAUGCAGAAAAUUUGGUAUGAUUCCCGAGACAUCUUGGAUAGUGUUGCAAAAAAAUAUCAAGUGUGGACCAGCAUGGUGGUUUGAAAACUAAUUUAGAAGACAAUAAUUUUACAGAGACGCUGGACCAAGUGCCCGCUAAGUCGUACAUGAAGAGGAAAGUACCAAAUCUGACAAUCAAGAAGUGUUGAUGGUUGUCAAUGUUGGACUGAAGAAUGGGAGAACAUCUAAAUGUAACUCAACCACUAAAAUAACACCCAAUCAGAUGAGGUAGUCGUAUUGAUCUCAUGAAAUUCUUACUCAAUGUUUCAUCUCAUACUAAUUUUUUCUGAUAGCUAGAACCACUUAGAUAAGAAAUAACACUUUUUCAGGAGUUCUGCUCGUAAAAUGGUCCAUACAGAUUCAAUUGAUGAGAACUUCGGAUAAGAUACUAGAAGAGGUAAAGUUUUAUGGUAUUUUUUUAAAUACAGGCUUGUUAAUAUAUUGGUCAAAUGAAGGUUGGUAACAGACAUGUUGGUUGUGCACUCUACUUUCUUUAGAAGUUUCGCCGAAGAGGAAGAUGUUAAUCCAUGGAACAAAAUCCUUUAAAAUUGGAGGUUGGAAAUGUCAACAACAAGCAUAUUAAGAGCAUGCUUGAUCCCUGUGACUGUGAGGAUGAAAAUGACCAUAACCAAGAUAAUAGUGAGAGCUCGGGAAGAGAAGGGAGAUGACAGUGAGAUGGCAGAAUCUUCGAAGGGAGAAUCAAAAGACAAAGAGUCAGGCAACAAUAACGAACCAAACCAAAAAGCAUCAAUGCUGAAUGAAUCACCUGAGUCGCGUCGGCCAGUUUUUUUGAUAAAAAGUAGAAGUGACUUCUACAGCACAACAGAGCCACCAUCGGCAGAGCCGCCAUCCGGAGAGCCUCGCAGCCAUGUGUACCUAUAACCCGCAUAAGGGGUUGUGACUAUUUUUUUAAAGAUCUACAGAGAGUUAAAUGUUCUUCCUAGUCUACCCUCCGUCAAGUCACAUUCAAUAGAUUUAUGGUCCAAGUAUCUAAUUUUACUCCACUAAAUUAUUCUAUAAGAUACUUCAAUGGGUUUCACCAAAAAGGGUGAAAAGGGUGAUCGACGUAUUUCUUGAUCGUAGAAUCAUAAGCAUUAAUUUUUGGAGGAAAAUUAGAUGAGAUUCUGGAAAUGAAGAAAAAAAGAGAAGUUCCUCUAGGAACGAAGGGGUUAACCAAAUUAAAGUGGGCGUUCAAUCUCACAAGAAACUUUGAGGUGGUACAUGCAACAUACUCUUUUAAUACAAGACAAAGUACAGUGAAUUGAGAAAAGGACGGAUGAGAUGCCUUCAAAAUGAAUGUGGAGUUGCUCAAGGGUUUAUAGUAAAAUAAUUAAAGAAACAACAAGACCCAUAUAAUCCCGUGGUCUGGGGAGGGUAGAGUGUACGCAGACCUAACCCCCACCUUGAAAGGUAGGGCGGCUGUUUCCGAAAGACCCUCGGCCCAAGAGAGGAGAACAAGAGAGGAAAAACAAAAUAAUUAAAGAAACAUUUUUAAAAAUAUAGUUGUAAAACUAUUUAACUCUUGAAAUAUUAGUUAUUGUGAUUCUUUUUGAAGGAAUGUAUACUUCUUUUGACAUUUACAAGCAGAUUAUCAGAUCUUUAUAUAUUCAACUUUGUUUUUG